AUGGGCCAAGGCUUCUCGUUAGCAACGCCGUCUGCUGGCUCUGCUGGUAUCGACGCCGCACAGUUGCGAGAUGUACAAUACGAGCGCAGCAUCGGCAAUGCGAGGUUCAUGAAGACUAUUCGUGGACGCCAUGAGCAUGGAGUCGUCCUGGUUAAAGUUCUGGUUAAGCCAUACGCCGAAGUGAAUCUCGACCAGUAUAAGAAGAAGAUAAUCAAGGAGCGGAAAGCUCUGGCCGAUGUACCUAAUGCCCUUGGUUUCCAGCGCAUCAUCGAAACCGAAACGAACGGAUACCUGGUGCGCCAGUUCCAGUAUAGCUCGCUUUACGAUCGCCUAAGUACACGUCCGUUUUUGGAAGACAUAGAAAAGAAGUGGCUGGCAUUUCAGUUGCUCUGUGCGCUGCGAGACUGCCACGCGCGGGAUAUUUAUCACGGCGAUAUCAAGGCGCAGAAUGUGCUGGUUACGUCUUGGAACUGGCUGUAUCUGACAGACUUCUCAUCCGCCUACAAACCCGUGCAUUUGCCCGAUGACAACCCUGGCGACUUUUCUUACUUUUUCGACACAUCUGGCAGACGAACAUGUUAUAUCGCACCGGAGCGUUUCUACGCCACUGGUGAUGCGCCCCUUCCAAAGUCCAAGAUGACAUGGGCCAUGGACAUCUUCAGUGCGGGUUGCGUAAUCGCCCAAAUGUUUCUUGAAUCGGAAAUCUUCAGCCUUGCCCAGCUGUAUAAGUAUCGACGUGGGGAGUAUGACCCCGUAAUUACCCAUCUGAGUGUCAUCUCAGACAAGGAUGUACGAGAUAUGAUUGCCCACAUGAUCCAGAUUGACCCAGAGAAGCGUUACUCUGCUGAGCAGUAUCUGGAAUUUUGGAAGGGCAAGGUGUUCCCUACCUACUUUUACAAUUUCCUACACCAAUAUAUGGAGCUCAUUACCGACCCAUCAUCAGGGAAUAAUCCCAUGUCUGGGAGCCAGAAGAACAUGGGUGAGUCCGACGACAGGAUAGAUCGUGUCUUUUAUGACUUUGACAAGAUUUCGUACUUCUUGGGAUACCAAUCAGAAAAGCGAGUAUCAAAAGCUACCACAUACCCGUCUCGACUUGGUCUGGGGCACUUCCCAGUCCGGUUAAGCAUCCCGAAUCAUGAGCACACAGUAUCAGCAGAUCUGGAGCCGCCAGAAGAUGACGGGACGUUGAUUUUCUUAACACUCAUUGUUUCAUCGAUGAGAACCACGGCGCGAGCAUCUUCGAGAGUCCGAGCCUGUGAUGUUCUUUUGGCAUUUGCCGAGCGGCUGACGGACGAAGCAAAGCUAGAUCGAGUUUUGCCCUAUCUCAUGACUCUGCUUAAGAAGGAGGAAACGGAUAUCGUCAUUGUCGCCGCCAUUCGAACAAUCACUCAACUCCUACAACUUGUGCGAAUGCCCACACCCAUUAAUUCUCACGUACUGGUUGAGUAUGUGCUCCCACGUCUAGAGAUUGCGCUGGGAUUACGAUCACGAGUCGCUAGCUCGCUGGUUAGAGCUACUUACGCAUCCUGCAUAGGAAGUCUUGCCUCUACAGCCCAACGCUUCCUUGAAAUUGCAUCCAGUUUAAGGGCAGACGGAUCCUUGCCCAUGACUGACCCUGAAAUUGAACCUGGCGCGGAGGCAGAGGCCAACUUUGAAAGCGUGUUUGAUAAUGCCGGACGCGAGCUUUUCGAAAUUCUGGAGAGUCACACUAAACAACUUGUUGAAGAUCCCAAUGUCCAUGUACGAAGGGCAUUUUUGGCGUCCGUUCCAGAAUUAUGCAUGUUUUUCCAAGAACAUUCUAAUGAUAUAUUGCUCACUCAUCUCAACACAUAUCUAAAUGACCGCGACUGGACACUUAAAUGCGCCUUUUUUGAUACCAUUGUUGGAAUAGCUGCCUUUAUUGGUAGCACAAGCCUGGAAGAAUUCAUGCUACCGCUGAUGGUGCAAGCGUUAGCUGACACCGAGGAGUUUGUCGUGCAAGCGGCGUUACACUCCCUUGCGCAGCUCGCCGGUCUUGGUUUAUUGUCACGGCCCAAGAUCUGGGAACUCGUGGACCUCAUCGGGCGAUUCACGAUGCACCCCAAUAUUUGGAUUAGGGAAGCUGCUGCUGAGUUUCUGUCUCAGUCUGCCAAGUUCCUCAAUAUGGCCGACGUACGAUGCAUCCUACUGCCCCUUGUUAUCCCGUACCUCAAAAUCGAUACCAUGGUUGAACUUGAUGAAUUGAGCAUCUUGGACUCCCUCAAGAAACCUCUUACCAGAGCUGUGUUUGAGCAGGCGAUUACUUGGGCCAUGCAAUCCGAACGAGGUGCUUUCUGGAAACCGCUGCAAAAGAUGCGAUCCCUGGCAUUUGGGUCAUCAAGUACAAGAUCUUCAAAGGACUUGAACACGAAUUCUAUGAGCAAGAUUGUGCGCAACGAAGAAGACGAGCAAUGGCUGUCCAAGCUGAGGAAUCUUGGGCUUAAGCCUGAUGACGAACCUAAGCUGUUGGCCCUCCGGGAAUUCAUAUGGCGGCUGAGCAAGACCAAGACUCGCGAUUCCACAGGAGAACCAAGUGUGCACACUGGUCUUGUGUCGUUGAAGGAAUUGGGAGUUACACCGCAAACCGUAUUCUUCAAUGAUGCACCACUUCGUGACCCGAGCAUCACCCCAGAUCUUGACACGCCUGCCGGGCCGUAUACCAUUGCAGACGCCCUGCUAGAUGCGUCCAUGACGAUUGAUGACACCAUCAGCAAGAGGAGAAACGCGGCGGCGUUGAACACCCAUCUCAACCGUGUGCAGGGCGUUGGCCCUCGCCGGUCGUCGACAAACCGACUCUUAUCACCGGAGGGAAGCACACGAGCUAGUUCAAGGCACUCUCGCCGGGAAUCGUCCGACAGCAGGGCGCCGGGGGCUGGAGAUGACGAUGUAUCCAUUAAGGAUGGGCCAUAUUCGUCAAGAAGGGCAAUGCGUCAUCAGUCGAGCGCCUUGAGCCUCCUCGACAGGAGAGAUGGGAACAAGUCUUCCGCGGAGACUGGUACAAGUGACGCCAACGCUUUUGGACAGGUCGAGGGCCCAUUUGCCCAAGGCGUUGGCUCACCAACGUCCCCAACGCCAACAAGAGAUCGUGAAGGUGAAGGUGUCAAACCAGCUCCACGACAAGUUAGGCACACGUAUGAAGGCACUGAUCCCAACAUUCAACGAAUGCUGGAUCAAAUGUACAUUGAUAACUUCCCUCGAGAUGUAUUGGAGUUUGGACCUAUGGUCCAGCCUAUUGCUAGAACCAAAGCGAGGGCCGUCAGCGUCCAACCCGGAGACAACCACUGGAGACCAGAGGGCCAUUUGAUUGCCACGUUUGGCGAGCACAAGGGCCCCAUCAACAGAAUCGUUGCAUCUCCCGACCAUGUCUUCUUUAUCACAGGAGGCAACGACGGCUGCGUUCGGGUAUGGGACACGGCAAGACUAGAGAGGAACAUCACACACCGGUCUAGGCAAACCCACAAGCACGCAGAUGGCGCCCAUGUACUAGCAAUGUGUUUUGUGGAAAAUUCACAUUGCUUCGUUAGCUGUGCCAGCGACGGAAGCGUGCACGUGGUCAAGGUCGACACAGUAUCCGCAAGUGGCAUCAUUAGAUAUGGCAAGCUGCGAGUUGUGCGAGAAUACCAAUUACCUGAAGGGGAGUUUGCCGUCUGGUGCGAGCACUUCAGGCAGGAAUCCAGCUCGGUAUUGGUCCUGGCGACAAAUCGAUCCAGCAUUGUCGGAAUUGAUCUGAGAACCAUGACGAUUUUGUAUGCUCUGGAGAAUCCUGUCCACCACGGGACACCAACCUGCUUCUGCGUGGAUCGCAAACGCAACUGGCUCUGCGUGGGCACGUCGCAUGGUGUAGUCGACCUCUGGGACCUGCGUUUCAAGAUGCGACUACGCGGCUGGGGUGUACCGGGCAAAGGAUCAAUCUAUCGAAUCUGCAUCCAUCCCACCAAAGGCCGCGGCAAAUGGGUCUGCAUAUCCGGAGGCACCGGCCAGGGUGAAGUGACGGUAUGGGAUUUAGAAAAGACAGUCUGCAGGGAGAUUUACCGAACCAGCGGCAACAAAGACGGGCCCAAGGGCUACAGCGCCUGGGACGUCGACGAAGACAAACCAGAGGGAAUGCUAGGCCGGUUCGCAACAAACCUCGAAAACAGCGAAGUAACCAAUGCCGAUCGCGGCGUACGAGCCAUGAUUGCCGCCACAGGAGCCGCUGAAGACUCUCGUGAUGUGAGACACGCCUUUAUCGUCACAGGCGGAUCGGACAAGAAGCUUCGGUUCUGGGAUAUCUCGCGCAUCGAGAACUCCUGCAUCUACAGUGGCCUACCGUCUGAUGAGCCACAGCCGACGUUUACGGUGACGCAUCCUACCACGGGCGUCGCAUUGAAUAUAGAGAAGGCGCAUAGACAGGGGAAUGCGACGGGGGAUAAGAGGAAGGGUAGUGGACGGCCGCCGAGGUCGACUGUCAUCUCUUUGCAGCAGCAGCAGUUGUUGCAGUCGCAUCUGGAUGCGGUUUUGGAUGUGGUGUUGUUGGAGUAUCCGUAUACGAUGAGUGUGAGUGUGGAUAGGUCGGGGGUUGUGUUUGUGUUUCAGUAG